ACCACGGGAGCAAGAGGCCCAGAUGGGGGGCUCCCAAGAGAGGAUAGAGCCCGGGUUGAAGAAACAACUCCAGAGAUCAGAAUGUUCUCUUAGUCUUGAGUUCAAAGAAACAAGGCGUGGCAGUUGGAGAGGAGGAGGAGGAUGUGUGCAGCUCGAAUUUUGUCUGAGAAGGAUCUGGGGUUCUUGGUGGGCAAAGUAGCCUGGGGAAUCUUGGGUUCUCUUAAACUGGUGUGGAAUGGGAGAAGUGAACAGACAAGUGACUGUGUGCCCAGCACUGUGCUCUGGGCUGAGAGCAUCAGGAGAGACAAAAGAUGGUCUCUGGCCUCCGGGGAGAGCAGAGAAAAGGAGGUGGCGGGAACCUUUCCAGGAUGUGGCCUCCUUAAGGCAGGCCAGAUGUGGUUCACCGGGGAGAAGGCAGGCCAUUCUGCAUUCCCCGGGCCCUGGCACUUUCCACCCUGUUGGGCUGUGCCUGCGUCUCCCUUCUCGUUCCCAGCAGUGGUGCCUUGCUGGGGGGUUCCUGGCACAGUGUGCAGGGCCCAGGUUCUGGGCCCCCAAUGGAGCCUCGCCUCGCCAAGCCCUGCUGCAGUCCAGGCUGGCUCUUGUUCUUCCAGGUCUCCUGAUCAGGCCAAGUGGCCUCCUUGCAUUGGGACGUCUGUGCAUGCUGUUGGGUACCUUCUGUCAGGAAAGAUGGACUUGGGGAAAGGCAAGCUCCUCAGAACUGGUAUCAACGCCCUCCAACAGGCGAUACAUCCCAUCCAUGGCAUUGCCUGGACCGACGGGAAGCAGGUGGUACUGACGGCCCUGCAGCUCCAGAACAAGGAGCCCAAGUUUGGGGACUCGAAGAUCAUCGGGCAAUUUGAGCAUGUUUACGGACUGUCCUGGAGCCCCAUGGGGUCAGAGGGCACCCCGACUCUGCUGGCUGUACAGCACAAGAAACAUGUCACCGUGUGGCAGGUGUGCUUGAGCUCGUCGGAGAGAGGCAAGGUUCUGGUGUCCCAGACAUGCGAGAUCGGGGAGGCUUUCCCUGUGCUUGCUCAGGGCUGUGUGUGGCACCCCAAGAAGGCCAUCCUCACCGUGCUCAACAGCCACGAAGUUUCCGUGCUUCCCUCGGUGCACUGUGACAGCACCAGGGUGAAGGCUGACCUGUUCAAAGUCCAGGAUUUUGUGCACUGUGGAUGCUGGACCCAUGAUGGCCAGAGGCUGGUGGUGGCCGUGGGCAGCGCCUUGCAUUCUUUCAUGUGGGACGACUCCCAGAAAUCUCUGCAGCCGUGCGCUUUCUGCCCCGUGUUCGACAUGGGCAAAAACAUCUGCUCUGUGCUGGCCACUGUGGACAUGCAGGUUGCUGUGGCCACCGAGCUCCCACUGGACAGGAUUUGUGGCCUGAACUCAGUAGAGACCUUUGAGAUGCCCACAGUGGAAGAGGCACAGCCCUCCACCACCCCUUCGUCUUCAGCAGUCAUUGCAGAGGAGGCCUUGAUGGAUACCGGAAAAGUGUCCCCCGACUCGGAGCGGUCCUCCUCCUUGGCUUCCCUCUCAUCUUCCUCUCUGGAUUCCUUGGAUCUGACUCAGAUGCUCCCCAGGAACUAUCAGUCAGACACAAACUUCUUCUUCCACCUCAGAGAGAAGGAAUACUUGGCUCGGGCUGGCAAGGAGUCCUCCCAUUUGGUCCUGGUGACCUUCGAUAGGAUGGUCACCACCACCCGGAAAGUGGGCAUCCCUGGCAUCCUGGUGCCGGACAUCCUGGCGUACGACCCCAAGUCCCAGGUGAUGGCUGUGGCCUCCAACACGUGCUACACCAUUCUGGUCUACUCCCUGAUCCCCGCCUUGGCGCCGGGUGUCCAGUGCAUCCGCCUGGAGAACUGUGAGAGGCCCAAGGGCAUCUGCUUCUUGUCAGACAAACGGCUCCUGAUUUCGGUUGGGAAGCAGAAGUUCACAGACCCCACCUUCCUGCCAUCCUCCAAGUCUGAAAUGUACAACAUUCACCUGGAGGUCAAGGAAGUCGACUUUGGGAAAGAGCCCUCCAUGACGUCGGUCUGGAGCCAGCGAGAUUUCUGCAACCUCAGCCUGGGGCUGGGCAUGGCCAAUAAGAGGAAGCCGGGGGACAGCCUUUGCCUCAACACCUACCCCCAGAAGAGGGACCUGCUCAUGCCUGGAAGGAUCCAGUCUCUGCCUCGGGGGAAGUCCCUGAUCGAGGACAUCACAGGAGCUUCGGGGGCCCAGAGCUCCAGGCCCAGCACCUCACAGCUCGGCAAACCCAAGCUGAGUCCCAGCACCGUCGUCUCCAUGGAAGGGCUGGAGGCCAUGUCCAGCUCCCGGUCCUCGGCCUGCCUCCUCUCUAAUGUCAGGCCAAGCUUACCGAUGACCCAGUGCAGCCUGAUUCGUGAGCCCCUGAGCCUCCCUCAAGUCAAAGUUUCCAAAAAUGAAGAGGGAGAGAGUCAGCUGUGUGGAACGCUGGAGAGACUCUCGGGGAGCUUCGCAGACCUCCAGCAACGCCUCUCCCAGCUCAUAGACCUCCUGCUUGAGAAGAAGCAGCCGCUGGCCCCCACCCGUUACCCACUCUCUCAAGACCCAUCUUUUCUUCUCAUCACAUACCAGAAGCCGUCCUCAGCAGGGCCUGUAUUGGACAAGCGAGCAGUCCUUCUCUGUGAUGGCAAGGUGCGCCUGCAACAGGUCCAACAGGUGUUUGGCCUCUCUCUGGUGGAGAUGCAAUAUGGUUCCCUCUGGAUCCUCCUCUCUGCUGACAGCGAAGGCUUCAUCCCACUCACGUUCUCGGCUGCCCAGGAGGUCACCAUCCGUGAUGGCAGCAGAGGUGGUGGGCUGGGCUCCACCACCCAGUGAGUCAGUGUCCAUCCCCUGGGCAGGUGUUGGCAUCUGAGCGAUAGCCGCCACCCUGGGAGGCCAUUCUCAAGUUAAGAUGCCUGUUGGCAGUGCCACCAAGCAAUGACUCUCUCUCUGUCUCUGACUUUCUGUCUCUCUGUCUGUCUCUGUCUCCUCCUCUCUGUCUGUCUGUCUCUCUCUUUCUCUCUGUCUGUCUGUCUGUCUCUCUCUGUGUCUCUCUCCCUCUCUCUGUCUCUGUCUCUCUCUCUCUCUGUGUCUCUCUGUUUCUCUCUCUCUCUGUCUCUCUCUGUCUCUCUCUCUCUGUCUCUCUCUCUUUCUCUCUGUCUCUUCCUCUCUGUCUCCUCCUCUCUCUCUCUCUGUCUCUCUCUCUCUCUCUCUGUGUCUCUCUGUUUCUUUGUGUCUCUGUCUCUGUCUCUCUCUUUCUCUUUCUCUCAUUUCUGGGGAGGUCUAAGGGGCAUCCAAGAGUCCUGUGCCCCACCUCCCCCCCAGCUCAGUGAGCUCUGGGCUGGGCCUGAGUUCAAAACCAGCCCCAAACACUUCCUAGCUGGUUGACCCUGUGGGGAGUCACGUGAGCAUCACCUCCCUCAGUUUGUUCAUCUGUAAAAUGGGGAUCAUAACAGCAUCUCCCUGCCGGGGUGGUUGUGAGGAUCCAGCGAGAGCGUAUUUGUAAAUAUUUGUAUUUGUCCCGGUGCCUGGCACAUAGUUGCCUCCAUAUAAAUGUUCCCUUCCCUGGAGCUCACCCCAAAGUGCACCUGGUGCUGUGCUCGACCCUGAGAAUGCAAAGGAGGGAAACAGGCCAGCGCCUGCCCUCAGGCUCUUGGGGGACCCUGAUCUGCGUGGGGACAAUGUAGACAAGAUGAAGACAAGAGUCCGGGGGGAGGGGAGGCUAGAAAGGGGGCCCUGAGCUGUGUCUUAAGGGAAACUCUGGCUUCUGAGUGGAAGGAGAGAGGAGGAGGAGUGUUCCCGGCAAGAGGGGCAGCCUGAGCAAAGGCAGAGGAGGCAGACGGAAGCCAGCGAUGCUGAGGUGGGGGGUAGGAACACUGCAGAGGUGGGCUGGGGGGGGGUGCAAGGUCUGGAGGCCUUUGAAGCCCAGCCAGCAUUUUGUCUGCUCCUGGAGGACAGGCACUGGGGAGCCAGGGCAGGUUCCUGAGAAGGGGUACGUGGUGUCACCUGCCUGGAGUGCAGUCUCUUCAGGGGCAGAGCCUGGAGGCAGGAGGACCCCCAGCAGCCACGGCCACAGUCCAGGGGUGAGGAGAGGAGGGGUGUAGGGGACACAGAUGGGCCUUGGUGAGUCCCUUUGCAUCCACAGCAGCACAGAUCCUGCUUUCCCUCCUCAUCCCAGUGGUGGCCUUUUGUGGUGUCAGAACUCACUUUGGAGCCUCUCUCUUCCCCCUGCGCUCAGGCCCCAGCAGAAUUCAAGUCAAUGGGAUCCGACUGCCUUCUCCCUGAGCCCUUGGUUGAGUGGAAAGGAUGCCUGGUUUGUAGGUGGAGCGAGCAAGUCAGGCCACCCCUGAGUCGGAAGGCCUUGAAGGUCAGGAGAUCAGCUGGUGAGCCACUUGGCAAUGCCUGGCACAGAGGAGGCUCUUCAGACCUGCAGCUUCCCUUCCUUCCCCCCUGAAGCCCUUUGAAAUCCAGGCUGCAUUUCUGGGGGUUUCGGGCUUCCCUUUCCUUCUUGGCUCCGACCUCUCGCAGGCAGCAUUCCCGGAUUUCCACCCCAACAGCUAUUUCCUCCUGGUUUCCCCUUGUUUCCUCUGCCUUUUGAAGGAUGAGAUUAUUGCAGUCUAGAAAGGAUUAAUGGGGCCUUUGCUUUUGGGAGAGGGGAAGGAGGGAGGGAGGAUGGAAGAAAGUAAAGAAAGAAAGAAGGGGGAAAGAAGAGGAGGGAAGGUGGGAGGGAGCAAGGGAGGAUAAAAGAAAAGAAGAAGACAGAAUUAAAGAUGGAUGGGAGGAAAGAAGGGAGAAGGGGGGAAGAUGGAUGGAAGCUAGGAAAGAAGGAAGGAGAAGAGAAGGAAGGAGGGAGGGAGGAUGGAAGGAAGUAAAGAAAGAAAGAAGGGGGAAAGAAGAGGAGGGAAGGUGGGAGGGAGCAAGGGAGGAUAAAAGAAAAGACAGAAUUAAAGAUGGAUGGGAGGAAAGAAGGGAGAAGGAGGGAAGAUGGAUGGAAGCUAGGAAAGAAGGAAGGAGAAGGAAGGAGGGAGGGAGGAUGGAAGGAAGAAGAGAAAGAAAGAAGGGGAAGAAGAGGAGGGAAGGUGGGAGGGAGCAUGGGAGGAUGAAAGAAAAGACAGAAUUAAAGAUGGAUGGGAGGAAAGAAGGGAGAAGGAGGGAAGAUGGAUGGAAGCUAGGAAAGAAGGAAGGAGAAGGAAGGAGGGAGGGAGGAUGGAAGGAAGUAAAGAAAGAAGGGGAAGAAGAGGGAAGGUGGGAGGGAGCAAGGGAGGAUAAAAGAAAAGACAGAAUUAAAGAUGGAUGGGAGGAAAGAAGGGAGAAGGAGGGAAGAUGGAUGGAAGCUAGGAAAGAAGGAAGGAGAAGAGAAGGAAGGAGGGAGGGAGGAUGGAAGGAAGCUAGGAAAUAAAGUAAAAGAGAAGGAAGGAGGGAAAUGACCCCAGCAGAUACCAGGAUGAUGAUGAUGGGGGGUCAUGGCUCUGCACUUUGCCGCCAUGUUUCCUGAACUUUCUUCCAUCUCCUCAGUGACCUUUACACUUCACGGCUCUGGACCCGAGCCUUCUGGCCUCACAUAUCUCUCCCUUCCCCAUACCAGCUCUCUUCUGCUAUUUUAUCCUUUAGAGAGGACCUGCAGGUCCCCUGGGUCGUUCCUCCUGCCAUGUUUCAGUGACUCAGAUGGAGUCUUGGUGUGCCUCGGGUCAGGAUCUCUUCUCUCAGGUGUUGCCUAAACUUUGGGUGGGGGUUUCCUCACAGAUUCCUUUCUUGGCUUUGUCAUCCCUGAAUUCCUGGGUGUGGUGGCUGAGGUUCUUGCUAGGUGGCAGCUCCCCCCAGGGUGUCUGCUUUGGUGGGUGUCCCGAGGAAGUCGGUCUCCUCUUCUCUGCCCUUUUUAUUUUAAACUUUCAGCGUAGGACUGUUGGCCCCGUUUGCUGGUCUCUUCAGGCCCGGAACCCAAAGCCCGAGAGCCCACCUGCUUGGUCAGCUGUCCACCACUCCCGCCUCCAGUGGGCUGUGCCCGUGCAGUGUCCCUCUUAAGUCCUUGUGGGCCAGUAUUUCUGUUUGGUGGCCAUUUGUGCCCAUGGAUGUCAGGCGGCUCCGGUCAGACAAGCCCGGGGACAGCAGAGAGAUUUUGUGCUGUUGAAGUAGCACCCCUAGUACAGCUCCUGCCCUGUAAUCCUGGGUGGCCUUCCUCAGAGCUGCCGUCUCGUAGAGAGCCUCUGACCUUUUUCGGGUUCUGAUUGUGCAGGUGCCCCUUUCUAUACACUGCAACUUUCUUAUUCUCCAAUCUUUCGACAAAGGUAUGCAGAACCUUCUCUAUUGCUUGCCAUUGGAGGAUGUAUGUAGAGGAGCCCUGGGCCACCAUUCCGCCACAAAGCCCAGUCAGUGUUUGAUAGGAGAGAGAAGGAAGCAGGGUAAAAGGGUCACUUGUUUGAGCCAAUAGUUAUCCGGCCUGGUGUUUUGAGGGUGAGGGAAAGAGUGUGUUAUGUGUGUGCACUCUGAGGGAGACUCCUCUGGGCCAACUUCCAGGGACCUUCAUGCCCUCCCAACUCUCUUGCCUGGAGUACCAGCCUCUUGGUGGUUUCUGCUCCUGGUCUAGGAGUUCCCCUCUGGCCCCAUGAGGUAGGUGUCAGGAUUUGAUGAUGACCGAAAUAGGACUUAAGGCUCAUCUACCCUCCCCGGGGUAUUUAGGCUGGCCUGAGAGGCUUCUAGCUCACACUUCUGUGAAGGAGUCAGAAUGUGACGGUUUCACAGCCCAAGGUAGGUGGAAGGUGGGAGACUGCCAAGAACCUUUCUGAGGGAGGUUGUGAUCCUUGGGCAUCUCCGACUUUGGUAGGAGCAAAAUGUCAGAGGCUCUACACGGGAAUGUGGAGGUUGGGCACCUCUACCAACAUGGCUUUGCCUUUUGACAUCUUGGUGUGCAACCUUUGGAAUUGUGGAUUCUUGUAUAAUGUAUUAGAUGUAUCAUGUGAAUGUAUAUUCUUGGAUCCAAUUCUUGUGCCAUGUGUUUGUGUUGUGCCAUUUGAAUUUCUCUAGGUUGGUGAAUAAAAAUGCUUUUCUUCUGCA